UUUCUAGAAUUUUAAUCAACGUAAUGGGGUGAUUGUUUAUUUAACUGUGCAUGGAAACAUGGCAUUGAUCAUAAUUAAUGAUCAACAAUAAAUUAUUUGUAGACGAAGGGCCGUUUGAUACAAAAUUGGAUCGUUGGGUAAACCGAUAUCCGUGAUUUAAAAAAAAUAGUUCGGAUGGAAACGGCGGAAAACUUACGAUUUCAGUUGCACUAAAAGUAGAAAUAAUAUGAAUCCUCUAAAACAGUACAAUUAUUUUUCUUUCAUUUUCAUUUACUUGAUAAUUUUUCAAAGUGUAAAAUUAGAAGUUGUGGCGGCUGAAACUCGCGGACGUGUGAUUUUCGGGAAAUGUUGCGAAAGGCGAACGGAUAUUACAUAUGUAGUAGGUACGUACGGAAAAUGUGCCGGAAUGUGUGAGGAAAGGCCAGUAUGCACGGCAUAUAGCUACCACCGACUUUCGUGGAUUUGCCGGCUACAUACUCAAGAAUGUCCCUUGGAGACUUGCGUUGGAUUUCUACAUUCAAAGAAAGAGAAUUGGACAAUGGCAUAUUUUGAGACAUGCCCGUGCCAAGAUGGUCAAGUCUGUGUGAAAGAAGGAGGAAGCCCUGACUUCGCAUGUGAUAUUAGAGAAUGCGGUCCACCGAGCGAGCCAAUAAACGGAAGGGUGUUGGGUAAUGACUACAGAGUUGGACGUCAUAUACGGUAUCUUUGUGACGUAGGGUUUGUAAUGGAAGGAAAUCAAGUCAGUGAGUGUCUUGGUAACGGACAAUGGAGCGUGGAAGAGCCUAUUUGUAAAACCGUUUGUCCAGUUAUUGGAAGUUUAGAGUGGGGCCUGUCGUGUUACUUCAUUGUCACAACCCUGACGAAAAAUUUCAUUGAUGCAUCUGCAUAUUGCGCGAACAACGGUGGUCACGUUAUUCAUGUGACGUCACAAGAAGAGCAUGACUUCAUAACAAGCAACCUGUUAACACCACCGAUGAAUGCUGCUGUCGAACGGUAUUGGGUCGGUGUCGUGCGCAACACUACAGACGGGCUAUGGUAUUUAUCAGACUCGAGCAAAGCGGUUGUGUACAUGGCAUGGGCGGCUUACGAACCUACAAAUGGUUCAAAUUGUGCUACGUAUAAAUUCGACACAACCGCAUCUGCAUGGAAAUGGUUCUCAGAAUCAUGCACAGACAUUACAAGAUAUCCUAUAUGUGAAUAUGAAAAAUAAACUUGGACAUUUUAUUUCUAUAACAAACUGAAAGAUAUAGGAAAAACGAAGCCACUCCUCUAUCAUACGUGUAAUGCCCCGGUAAAUAGGGGAAAUUGCUUGUUUCAGUGAAAUAUGAAACAUAUCACACCGAGGAGGAUGUAUUUUUAAAUACAAGUAAGACCGCGAGACAGACUACGAUUUUCAUCAUCAUAUUGUUUGUAAGCCGUUACUUACGCAUUUUGAUAUAUUUCUGAUUGUAAUAAUUUCUUGUGACAUUGUCCUUUUUGUAGAUAUUAAGUGCAUUAAGCUUGGCUUAAUUAUGUUGUACUCUUGUACUUUGAACAACAUCGUAUCAGUUAACCUGUAUAUUUUUUGUAAUGGAUUCGUCCUGUUUUGAACUCACAGCAGUCCAUUUAAAGUUUAGGGGAUUUUGAUAAAAUAAUACAAAGAUUGAGCUACCAAACAGACAAGAGCCUUGUCAUACUACAGAAAAACAGACCUGGUUAUAUACCGGUGGCAAAGGUUAAUUACUUUCGGAUGAACUUUACGUAAUUAUUAGCAAAAAUCUAGUAGCUCGCCGCUUUAAAGGUAUUGUAAUUAACAAUUUAAUUGACAAAUUUCACAACUGAUUAAUAUGUUUAAUAUACCGAAGUGCCCUGGUACCUAUCUUAACGAUCAAUUUCAAAAAUAAUUAUCGCCUUACUUGGCGUUAUAAGAACAUAAUUCGGACAUUGUUACUCCUAAUAAAAAGUUUAAAUAGCCUUAUUAGGAGCAAAAAUCUAAUUAGGAUUUUGUAACUCCUAAAUAGAAGUUUAAAAAAAAAAUCUAAUUUGGAGAGAAAAUACUCAUAACGACUCUGUAACUCCUAAUUAGCCCACUUAGCAAAAUAUAAUUUCUAAAUUAGGAGAUAGAAUAACCCUAUUAAGACUUGAUAAACUCCUAAUUAUUAGAAAUAAAAUUCCUAAUUAGGACUUUGUCACUCCUAAUAAGGUGUUUAUUAGAUUCCUAAUAAGGUGAAAAUAAAUCCUAAUUAGGACUAAGACACUCCUAAUUAUGAGUUAUGAAAGCCUAAGUAGAAAUAAAAUCCAAAUUAGGACUUUGUUACAAUGUCCUUCCUUAUAAAGCUUAAUUAGCAGUAAGAUAAUUGUAUUCAAUAUUUAUGUGAUUUGGCAUCAGUACGUGCAUAUUUUACUUUUCAAAAUGUACAAUAAUUUUCUUAUUUAUUAUCCCAUUUCAACUUCCUGAGAUCAACAUGCGUUAAAUGGCAGAAACAAAUAACACAGUGAAAAACUAUUCGCGCUCCGUGACAUUUGAAUUUAUGAUACCAACUGUCAACAUAUGUUUAUACACUACCGCAAUAACCGCAUGCAUAAAUCUUUUCCGAGUCGUACUAUAAAUGUAGCAAUCCCGGUACGUGAGACAGACUUUAGACAUACACGAGCGGCGACAAAAAAUCUAGUCGGGCUGCAGUGCUUGACAACAGUUGUCACAUACUAAAAUACAGAUUCUUUGUGAAUUUUAAGCAUAUACGGUAUACAUUUUCUGAUUCAAUUUUAACGAUUGAAACGGACACCCAUCAACAAGCUCGAUUAAAGGCACAUUAUGCUUCAAAAAUCCAUAUUUUUUAAUUCUUUAGAAAUGUUAAGCAUGUAUAUAAUGAUUUUAAUUAAUGGAUAGAUUUAUUGUUCGAGGUUUUACCGCCGAAAAAAACAAGCAUUUAUGUGUCGUAAAGAUAGCAAACUGUAAACAAAUUAGAAUUUGACUAAAGACGCAUACAGAUAGUUUAUGUAAAUAGUAAA